UAGGAACAUGGCGAGACUCUGUUGUGACUCACGCUGCGUGGAAGUGACCUUUGACACCAGAGCAGAGAGCUUUCUGGACUCUAUUGUGUGCCGGGGCAACCAGCUGAGCUGACAUCAAAUCAUCAGUUUGACACCUUUUAUUUGUUAUCAGUCAUAUUUGAACUUUCUUUCCAGACCGACAUGUCUCUAAGGGAACGGUUUUAAAGCUUUGACCACAAGGCAUAAGCCAGCGUGCAACAAUUGCUGGACUGAUGCAGAUCGCAGCAGCUGCAGGGAUGAACCACUGGAGCUGGGGAAACGCUGGGAAUGCCAGUAAAUCGGACAGAAGUGGGCCGCACAGAGGGAGGCUGAUGAUGCUGCUGUGGAUUAUCCUCUCCAGCUCGCUGUGCCUGAUGGUCGAUGGCCAGAUGAAGCUCUCACCAGAAACGGUACAGCAGUGGGCUGUGUCCUUUAGUAAGGAGAUAGCUGCCCUUUCUGCACGAUACUCUGGAGCUAAACUGCUACAGAAGAAAUACAAGGAUGUGGAGGCUGUGGUGAAGAUAGAAGAGGUGGAUGGAGAGGAGCUUGUCAAGAAGUUCGCUGAGGAGAUGGAGGAGAUGCUUGGGAGGAAGAUGAAAUCUGUGAAGCGGUUAGCAGAAGCUGCAGAGGAUGCUGACCUUUACCACGAGUACAAUGAAACGCUGCAGUUUGAAUAUUAUAACUCCCUGCUGAUCAACACGGUGGAUGAGGAUGGGAAUCCACUGUCGCUCGGGGGAGAUUUCCCGCUGGAGAAAAAUGAGCACUUCAACAAACUGCCAGUCAACACCCAACUGAGCAACAUACAAGUCCCUACUAAUGUUUACAACAGAGAUCCAGAUAUUCUAAAUGGAGCCUACAUGUCCGAGGCCCUGAAUGACGUGUUCAUCGAUAACUUCCAGAAAGAUCCAACUCUCACCUGGCAGUAUUUUGGCAGUGCUACAGGCUUCUUCAGGCUCUACCCAGGGAUCCAGUGGAUUCCAGAUGAAAAUGGUGUGGUCACGUUUGAUUGCAGAAACAGAAACUGGUAUAUCCAGGCAGCCACUUCGCCUAAAGACGUGGUCAUCGUGGUGGAUGUCAGUGGCAGUAUGAAGGGACUCAGAAUGACCAUAGCCAAACACACAAUCAAUACAAUCCUGGACACACUGGGAGAAAAUGACUUUGUUAACAUCAUAGCUUACAGCGACUAUGUUCGCUACGUGGAGCCAUGCUUCAAGGGCAUGUUGGUACAAGCUGAUCUGGACAACAGAGAGCAUUUCAAGCUUUUGGUUGAAGAGCUUCAUGUCAAAGGCGAGGGCAAAGUAAAAAAUGCAAUGAAGGAAUCUUUCAAGAUUCUCAACGAGGCUACAGCACAGGGCCAGGGCAGCCUGUGUAACCAGGCCAUCAUGCUUAUAACAGACGGAGCCAUGGAGGACUUCCAGGAUGUUUUUGAGAAGUUAAACUGGCCAGAACGACGGGUUCGAGUGUUCACCUAUCUGAUUGGAAGAGAGAUGACAUUUGCAGAUAAUGUUAAAUGGAUUGCCUGCAACAACAAGGGGUACUACACACACGUCUCCACUCUGGCUGAUGUCCAGGAAAAUGUAAUGGAGUACCUCCAUGUUCUCAGCCGGCCAAUGGUCAUCAACCAUGAUCAUGACAUCAUCUGGACUGAGGCUUAUAUGGACAGUGUGCUGUUUAACAGUCAGGCCCAAAGCCUGCUCCUGAUGACCUCGGUGGCCAUGCCCGUGUUCAGCAAGAAGAAAGAAACUUUGUCACAUGGGAUUCUGCUGGGAGUGGUGGGAACUGAUGUGGCCUUGAGAGAACUGAUGAGAUUAGCGCCAAGAUACAAGCUGGGUGUCCAUGGUUACGCCUACCUCAUCACCAACAAUGGCUACAUUCUGUCUCAUCCUGACCUACGACCUUUGUAUAAGGAGGGCAAGAAUUUAAAGCCGAAACCCAACUAUAACAGUGUUGAUCUAGCAGAGGUGGAAUGGGAAGACACUGAAGAGAAGCUGCGGACAGCCAUGGUUAAAGGAGAAACUGGAAAGUUGUCUUUAGACGUGAGAACUUCAGUGGAUAAAGGAACGAGAGUGAUAUUCCUGAAGAAUGAUUACUUCUACACCGACAUCAAUGAGACACCAUUCAGUCUGGGUAUUGUGCUGACUCGAGGAUAUGGAGAGUAUAUCUUCAUUGGAAACGUCUCUGUUGAAGAGGGUCUCCAUGACUUACUGGCUCCAGACCUGAGCAUAGCCAGCGAAUGGACCUACUGUGAGACAGACAUAGACCCAGCCCAUCGUAAGCUGAGCCAGCUGCAGGCUGUGGUGCUAUACCUCACUGGCAAAGAACCAGAUCUGGAGUGCGAUGAGCUGUUGUUGCAGCAAACUCUAUUUGAUGCUGUGGUCACGGCUCCUAUGGAAGCCUACUGGACCGCACUCAUGCUCAACACAUCUGGUAUGGACGAUGGGGUAGAAACAGCAUUCUUGGGGACUCGUUCAGGCCUGAUGAGAUUUCAGAGAUACGCUGGAAUUGAGAAAAGAACUGCAAAGUCUUUCCUGACCUCCGCAGACAAGGAGAAUAUGUUCACAUUGGACCAUUUCCCACUGUGGUACCGCAGAGCAUCCGAGUACCCAGCUGGGAAGUUUCUGUACUACAUGCCCAGACAGGAGACAAGAGCGGGGAGGAUAGUGAUCGCCACUACUGCUGUCUCUGUUACUGUGGGCAAGAAAACUGCCAUCGCUGGAGCGAUCGGUGUCCAGAUGACUCUGGAUGUGUUGGAGUCCAGAUUGUGGGCCAUCGCAAGACAACCAAAUGACACAGAUUGCUCUAAUAUAGACGGGGUUUGUCCUCUUCGAUGUGACAGCUUUGAUAUUGCAUGCUACGUCAUUGACAAUAAUGGCUUUGUCCUAAUUUCUAAACAGCGCAAUGAUGCCGGGAGAUUCUUCGGCGAGGUCGACGGAUCAGUAAUGACAACACUAAUCAGAAUGGGCAUGUUCAAAAGGGUGUCCUUAUUCGACUACCAGGCCAUGUGUAAGAUGAACUUGCACUCUGUCAGCAGCGCUCGCCCACUUCUCAGUCCAUUCUAUGGAUUGGCAUCAGCUCUCAAGUGGUUCCUCUCCCACUUCUUGCUGUUUCUCCUGGAGUUUAAUAUCUGUGGCUUCUGGCAUGCGGACCAUUUUGCUGACGCCAAACCAUCUUUCAGCGUGUCCUCAGCUCAUAAGAAAAGAGGGGACAUCCUGCAGCCGUGUGACACCGAGUACCCCAGCUUCGUCUAUGAGCCGUCAGUCAAAGAGACCAACAGCAUUAUUAAGUGUGGACGCUGCCAGAAGAUGUUUGUGGUGCAACAGAUACCGGACAGCAACCUGUUGAUGUUGGUGGUGCAGGCAGACUGUGACUGCUCCAGACAGUAUCCACCCAUCACCAUGGAGCCCAAGGAAGUCAAAUAUAAUGCCUCAGUUAAGUGUGACAGGAUGAGGUCCCAGAAGAUUCGCAGACGCCCUGAGUCCUGCCACGCCUACCACCCCCAGGAGAACGCCAAUGACUGCGGAGGAGCUUCUGUUAUAUCUCUCUCUGCCUCUCUCUUCCUAACCUGCCUCUCCUUUUGGGCUCUUGUCUCCUGAUAAUGAAAAACGUUGCUGUUUCACCAAUUCUCAUAAAGAGCUGGAGACUGGAAUAAAUCAAGAGACGUGCUUGGUUGCUGGACGCCGCAAGUGGAUUUUUAAAAGAAAAACUUACUCUGCACAUUUUUGCUCGUGAAAACCACAAACCUAGUCUCUAAUGACGGACCUUUGAUGUGGUUUUGGUGCAUUUCGUAGUUAACUUUUGGAAAUUAUUACAAACUGCAAAGAAGGCAAGGUAAUGGGUCGUUGUUGCCAUGGAUACUUUUUCAUUAGUUGCUUUCUCACUCACCACUUUGCAUCUCGAAAUGAAAAGGGACUAAAGAGAUGCAGGUGGUACCUCUGACGUGCAUUGAUAAAAUGGGAUUAUGAGUCACAAGAUGCAACAUAACAAAGUCCAGGGGGGCAAAUAUGUUUAACAUUUCCUUUAUGCCACUGAACUGAAUAUUGCAGACACGUGCAUAUUAUAUAUGCAGCUGGAAGCAUGCACUCCUAUCAUCCUGAGCGCCGGUUUUUCAAAACUCUGAAUGAGAGAAGGCAGAGAAGAUCUGCAGCAAUAUAUGGUAAACAUUGUUGUGUAACAUCAGUGUUGCUGCUCCGUGUUUGCAAUAUCAGUUUCUCUGAAUCUUCUGCAAAUCUCAAAGGGUGAUGGCUGGCUGCCAAGAAAGCACUCGCAGUGGAGUCAAUAAAAUUGCAAGAGCAGAAAAAUCAGAAGGGGAAGUUCCAUCCCGUUCUUAAUUUUUGAUUUUUUACCUGGACUACAUCCCAAAAGUGUUUGUUUCUGUGACAUGUCAUAAAACAUGUCUGCCUUUGUCUUCAUCAGCCGUGUCUUUCUUUGUGUUUGUACAUACUGUAUGUAUUUUUGUUUGGCUGGACAUCACUGUGGAAACUCACCUGAUGUAGAUCUACAAUCAAGAUGGAUAAAACAAUGAUAUGAUGGAUUUUUUUUUUAUUAAAAAAUGCAAUUACAUGAUUUCAAAGUAAAUCUAAUAUAUGCAACAUAAUAAUACCCCACAAAAAAAGGAGUUGUACCAAAUCAUAAAUGUUUCUGGGAUUCAUUUCAAUUUUUUUUUAGAUAUAUCGUGGUGACUAUGCAUUUGCAGAACUGUGUUUUUUGAAUACUUUACAUGUAACUGCUAGUUAUUACUUGGCAUAGAUGACGAUAUAAUUUCAAGAAUUCAAAGAAAAAAUGAAAGUGCUCACACUAUGAAUAAAGAUUGUCAUACGGGGAAAAGAUGUUUGGAAAUGUCAUAUAUGUAAUUGCAAUGUACUGUAUAUUAACUGUGUAAAUCUAAUUGCAUAGGGUAUUUUUGUAUUUGCUUGUGUUUCAUAUUCUGAACUCCAGCAUUUCAUAGUAUUUUGGGCUGUGAGUGUCCCUGUGGCUUCUUCAAUCAUAUUUCUAAAUCAUCUUACACAGCAUGUCGUUAAUUUGAUCUUGUUCUAAUGACGAAACUGCCUGAGAAUUUGCCUGUUUGUAUAAUAGACUCAGAUAAUUGUUGUGUGUGAGUGUGCAUCAUUACAGUAUGUUGUGUCCUGCACAGAUUAUAUGAGGAAUUUGUUUUCAUUUGUCUCAUUUCUGUUUUUGAUUUCCACUAUACAAUAUUUGUGUAUUGUAUGGUUGAUGUGUGUCCAAGUUGUAUGUUGACUGACUGAGGUCAUGACUUCAACCAAGUAAAUUAAAUGAUCAUCUGUUUUUUGUACUGUA